AUGGGUUCAACAACAGAUAUGAACGAAUUGGUUGCGCUCUAUGCACUUCCCAACGAUAAUAAUGUUCACACGUACUCGUUCUCGUGGCGCGAAAACUUGUUCCCCAAGUCGUUUGUAAUUCAAACCGUCGACUUGGUCAUCACCAAGCUUGACAGCAACAACAACAAUCAGGCAUCCAAGUUUGAAUGGCCUGAGUCGAUUCGCUCCGGCUUGCCCGUCGGGUACGAUGUAUUUGAUAUUCGUACGUUUCUGGAAAAUGCUCUCGCAACAGCCAAUUCCAACACGGCACCGGCUGCCGAGGUUGCUAUCAAGUUGAUUCUGCCCGCAACAGCUGGCUAUGUUGCGCAAUCCAACAUUAUUCAGACAAGGCUGCAUGCUUGUCCGGGUGUGAUAUCAGUCGCUGGCUUCCUUCAACCUGGCGAGUAUAUCGAGCCCCAAACUCCAUCUGUGAGUCGCGUCACGCAACUUAACGACCUUCUUUCUGCGGCUAUUGGAGCUGCCCACUGCAUAAUCAACGACUCGGAAUCAUCACAGACGGGUUUGGACAACUUGGAUACAGAGCUGCGCAAUCGUCUCGAUAUUCGCUUUCUCCAAGCGGAGCCUGUCCCUCGCACACGCCUGGGUAUCGUGCAAUGCCUAAACUACCAGAUGUCUCUCGAGCUGCUACAGCAUCUCAACAUUCAUCUUGUUGUAUUCGAUGAGCCUGGGACGCUCUUUGAAGACCCCAAUGGUCCACUGGCAUAUCUGCGAGACUCUUUCCACCUCAUUGAUCUGAACCCCGACGAGACUUUCACAGAGCGUCUGUACGCUGCAGCUCACGACCUUCGCCUAGAUGGCCUCACCACAAGAUUCGAUGCCAUCUUGGACAAGGUGGCACAUGUGGCCCAGCUCUUGAAGCUCCCUACGAGCCCUCCAUCUGCUCUCAAGAUUGCCACGGACAAGUAUCUUACACGCAUCACACAGCCAGACUACGACAAGGCACAGAGCCCCGCUAUUCAGGUCCGCAACAGGACAGAGCUCGAAGAACGUCUCCGAGACCCCGUGAAUCCCCUCAACAUCCCGUAUCCCGUCGUUGUUAAGCCCACCAACGGCUGGGGCAGCUAUGGCGUCGCCAAGGCCAUCAAUAAGGAGGAGCUACUGGCCGCUGUGGAGUGGGCGGCCGGUUAUAUUAUUGGAUUUGUGAACUCACGUGUCAUGAUCGAACCGUACUGCGACGGACCUGAAGUAGACAUCAAUCUGGCUCUGUGGGACGGUGAAGUGACCUUUUUCGAGGUCUGCGACAAUGCGCCGACGCCUGGUGAUCUCAACCAAGUUAGCAGCACCGGCCGCAAGGACUUUCAAGAAACCAUGUUCAUGUAUCCAUCCCAGCUUCCACAGUCUGAGCAAAUCAUGGUCCGUGACUACAUUCACCAGUGUAUUCUGGGUAUGGGCUUUACCUACGGCGUGUUCCACUGCGAAGCACGCAUUUGGAACUCAGCAAUGCACUACACUACAGACCCUAACACAGGCAUCGUAGACCUGGAAACAAAUUCCAAAGCGGAUACCAUCGGCGGGAAGCCAAGUGUAUUUCUUCUGGAGAUCAACGCCCGUGCGCCAGGCUAUGUCGGCCUGUAUGCGUCUAGCUGGAACUACGGCGUGGACAUGUGGGCGCUGCACAGUCUCAGCUGCAUCGGCGACGAGGCCCGAUUUCGGCUGCUAUCCAAAACCUAUACCAACGGACCACAGCACGAUAGCGCUCUGUUGCUUAUUAUGCCUGACAAGCGAGGCAUUCUCAAGUCUGGGGAUCCCAUGCCACGGCUUAAGCAAGAGAACCCCGAGCUAGCCGUCUGUGUGCCGCUAUGCCUCAACUAUUUCAAGGUUGGUCAAGAAGUGGUGCCACCAGAUGACACCGAAAACUGCUUUACGUCUGUACUGUUGGUUGAGUCGAAGCACGGACGACGUGGGCUGAUGACAACGGUAGAGGAGGUUAGAAAGGAAUGGACGCCUAUUAUCGAGUAG